CUCAGCGCUGCCGGCGGGGAGCAGGCCUGCAGCCCGGUUACUUAAUUCACCUGUCAAUACCUGCCCUUGGCUCCGUGUCUCUUCAGUGACACAAGUGGGUAAUUCCUGUUGAAAUGCCCGCUAUUAAAUUCUGGCUUAAAUCCCUGCUAUCUAGUGAUUUCUGGGGUCCACCGAGAUUAUGGGAGAAUUUUGUUUUAAGGCAGAGUUUGAGUAAGGCUUGUUAUGGCAGCACAGAAAGGAAUGAAGGCGGAAGAAGCACGAAGAUAAUUAUAGGAGAGGAGGAUCGUGACGGGGUCAGGGCUUAACAAGAGAGCUGAUGCGUGUGAAGGGUUGUCUGUGCUGUUCGGUUUCCCAUAACAGGCAAACUAUAAAGAGUAAAGUAAGAUUUUGAGUUUCUGCAGUAUGCUGUGCAAAAAUACUCUAACCUACUUGGGAAAUGUAUAUCUGAAGCAAGAGGGGCUGCUAACAAAUGCUUAAAAGUGCCAGAAAGAGAGAAAUUUGAGUUGGUUAUUGAAGCAAUACAUUCUUAAAUUUGCACAAUGCAUCAUGAUCCAGCUGAGGUGGUUCACCUCACCCACAAGGAGAAAUACAGCAGAAGAGCAACUUCCUUUAACUGCCCUGCAAUUUGCAGCACAGACCUAUUUUUUUAACUGCAGUUUAAGAAUCUUGUUCAGUUAUAACUACAGCCUUAGAAAACAUGCCCCUAAAAUCAGAAUUAACGCUAGAUGUAGAACCCAAGACUACCAAUCAAGUCCCUGCAUGCUGCUCAGCUCGCUACAAUCUAGCACUACUGGCCUUUUUUGGGUUCUUCCUCCUGUACGCAUUACGUGUGAACCUAAGCGUUGCUCUGGUGGAUAUGGUAGAACCUAACACAAGCUUAGCAAAGAAUACAACUUCCAAUGUGUGCCCAGAGCAUUCCUCCACCAUAAAUGUUCCUCGCAACACAACGGGGGAAAAGUAUUCUUGGGACGCUGAUACUCAGGGAUGGAUCCUUGGCUCUUUUUUCUAUGGCUAUAUCAUUACUCAGAUUCCAGGAGGAUAUCUUGCAAGCAGAAUUGGAGGGAAGAUGUUAUUGGGGUUUGGCGUCUUUGGUACUUCUGUAUUCACCUUGCUUACUCCCUUAGCAGCAAAUCUGGGAGUUGGCUACCUCAUAGCUGUCAGAGCCUUGGAAGGACUGGGAGAGGGUGUUACCUUCCCAGCUAUGCAUUCGAUGUGGUCUUCCUGGGCUCCUCCACUGGAACGCAGCAAGCUCCUUAGUAUUUCAUAUGCAGGUGCACAGCUGGGAACUGUUGUCUCUCUACCACUAUCUGGUUUAAUUUGUUACUAUAUGAGCUGGGUUUAUGUCUUUUACAUAUUUGGUGCACUCGGUGUAUUAUGGUUCUUCUUCUGGAUGUGGUUGGUUAGUGAUACACCAGACACUCACAGGAGCAUUUCGCAUGCUGAAAGAGAAUAUAUACUCUCUUCUCUAAAAGAUCAGCUUUCUACACAGAAGUCUGUUCCCUGGACACCUAUACUAGCAUCCAUUCCACUCUGGGCUAUUGUUGUGGCACACUUCUCUUAUAAUUGGACUUUCUAUACACUUCUUACACUGUUGCCCACAUACAUGAAGGAGAUCCUGCGGUUUGAUGCACAAGAGAAUGGUUUUCUAUCUGCCCUACCUUAUUUUGGCUGCUGGUUAUGUAUAAUUCUAUCUGGGCAAAUUGCUGAUUAUUUACGGGAAAAAAAGAGCUUGUCCACUGUUUGUGUUCGCAAAUGUUUUACCCUAAUAGGGAUGAUUGGACCUGCGGUGUUCUUAGUAGCAGCUGGAUUCAUAGGCUGCAACUAUGCACUGGCUGUUGCAUUCGUGACCAUAUCAACAACAUUAGGGGGAUUUUGUACGUCUGGCUACAGCAUCAACCAUCUGGACAUAGCACCUUCGUAUGCUGGAAUUCUUCUUGGGAUCACAAAUUCUUUUGCUACUAUCCCAGGAAUGGUGGGGCCAGUUAUCGCCAAGAACCUCACUCAUAAUAAUACUGUGGGAGAAUGGCAGACUGUUUUCUAUAUUGCUGCUUCUAUUAAUCUAUUUGGAGCAAUUUUCUUUGCAUUAUUUGCAAGUGGAGAAGUUCAGGACUGGGCAGUCAGUGGAUAUCACUUGCACAGAAACUGAAGGAGAUGUUGAAAUACCAAAGCUGUGCUGAAUCCCAGUGUGCUAGAAUUCUGUGACCGGAAAAGUGCCUUCCCUACUGAUGCCUAGGAGUCUUCAGAGCUUUUCAGUUAAACUGUUUUAUCUGUAUAUCUUUUGUACUGAAAAAUCAUUUGACAGCAUAGGUGUACUAUUUCCUAACAAGAAACUACUUAUAUUAAAUAUAAUAGUUUCAUGCUAGGACUUGUUCUCAAAUAUAUGAUCAGAGACAACAUUUUAAAUCUGUGUGCUAGGCUCCAAUUCUUUCCAGUUUUUAAUGAAUAUUUUCUGAAUUAAUGUGUAGGCAGAUGCUUGUUGAUACUGAAAUGAGAGGAAAAAAGCAAAGUGAUUAUGUAGCACUGUAAGGAGGAAUGGCAUGCAAAAAACUGUACCUGAAAAAGUGUGUUGAUUUCCAUUAUGAGAUUGAUAGGUUUUUUGCUGUUUAAAAGUCUAGAAAAGCUCUAGUUUUCUACAAUCUUUUAUAAUGCUUUUAUUUUGUCAGUGUUUUAAUUGAUGCCUAAGAAAUGCACAAAUGGUUUUAUUCUAUUUUACGCACAAGUUUUCAAUAUAUAAACAUUCCCUGUUUCAUGAAUACAGCUUCACAAUUGAUACAAGCAGCAAGGAAGUAAAAUGUACUGUUGUGACUGACAGAAUAUGCCAUGCGUUACAGUUCUCUGUAGUGCAGGUUUUUUAAAUAGGCCUUAUUUUUAUUCAUCUGUGCAAAGAAGAAGCAGUGCAACUCUGGUUUAAAUCUAGGCAGUGUGCAAGAAUGAACUAGAAAUAGAGUAUCUGUGUGCUUAUCUUAAAAUAACUUUCAGGUUGGCAGUUCAUUUUUUGUCUCGAAAUCAAUGCAGUGGAAUUCUUUUGAAACUCUUGUAUGUAGAUAUAUUUGUCGUCUUGUUGGUGCAAAUGCAAUAAAAUAAGGCCAGUGUAGGGAAUAAUGCAGAAAAUCAGUUCUCUUCUCUAACAGCAUUGUUUGUUAGCCAGAUAAAAGUAGAGUAAAAAAGAACUAGUGCAAUAACCUGAUGCUGUUAGUCUCCUAUCAACAUAGAAUUUGACACUCAAGAGCAUACUUUGCACAACAUGCAAUUAAAUGCCACACAGUAGGAUUACAUGAAGUCUAUGAAAACAGUGGCCUUGGUAAGAACAAAUGGCUGAAUAAUCUUGUAGUCACGAUGCAAAGGAAAAUUCCUGUGCCAAAGAUUCCUGGAUUGGAGCAGUUAGGUAAAAAAGAAAAAUCACUGGGCCCUGGGUUUUCCAUUUACCACCAAUCCAAAAGAAAAGCCCAGUACUAAAGCUGCUCCAGUGGAGCCUACCUUCCUUCAUUUCUAGGAAAUGGCAUCUGCCUCUUCUUUUUAGCUUUAAGAGCCAUUUUGUUUUGACCUUCCUUGAAGUGUCAUGUUCUCUGAUGGUGGAACCGUAUUUAAAUCUAUGUUUGUGUCUGCAGCAUUUCCACAAUAAACAGUGUGAAGUUCAGUUUAAAUCAGUAGUUGUUCAGUGGGAGUAUGUUAAAGCUAUAUUGUGUCUUCCGUGUUUCCACAAUAAAUGGAAUUACUAUUUGCAUGUGCA